UAUCGGCAUUCGGGAAUGAAAGAUGAGCGCAAUUGCAAGGCUUUUAUUUCUAGCAGCGCUCUCAAUACCAUGCUGUAUCGUACACUCGAGUAAUAUGAGGCGCAUAGUUGGUGGCGCGAUGGUGCCAGAGAAUGAGCAAGUUCCCUAUCAGGUCUCCUUGCAGUUCCAAACCAAAAGAGGGAUCAGGCAUUACUGUGGUGGAUCGAUCAUAGCUCCCAAUCGCAUACUGACUGCCGCUCACUGCUGCAAAGAUAUGAAUGUGACGCUUAUAACCGUACUGGCGGGUGUUCGAAAUCUCGACGAUCGCCAUGGUUUUAGGUCCAAGGCUUUGAAAUGUGCCGCACAUCCUGACUACCAAAUGCUGGUCACCAGCGACAUAGCAGUGCUCAGCAUCGAUCCUCCACUUAAGUACAACAGCCUCACAAUUGCACCGAUAUCGGUGAUAGGGAAGGAGUUCGUGCCCGGCAAUGUGUCUGUCACAAUAACCGGCUGGGGUCGAAUGUUCCCAAUACCUUUAAAUUUCAUACAAAGUCUCACAAUUCCUAACACUAUGCGGCGCAUCAACUAUCACACCAUAACCAACAAGAAGUGCUAUGAAAUGGGUAAGACAAGAGUAACGGACACGGAAAUAUGCGCUCAUGGCCUCUUCAAAGGAGUAUGUUCUGGUGAUUCUGGUGGACCACUGGUGAUGAAAAGCAGUAAAGGAUUGCAUCAAGUUGGCAUCGUCUCUUAUGGUUGGAUAAUAUGUGGCUUAUCCAUAGCGCCCGACGUCUACACGAGGGUCUCUACUUUCAGUGACUGGAUACAAGAGCAACUCAAGAAGUGAAAACUCACCUAAGACUGAGCUAAUCUGUUACGAAAAGAGUAAACAAAUAUGCACUUUAGUUGUCAAUCAAUAAUUUUAUUAAACAUAUUCAUUUGUCUUAAGAA